CAACACUCUCUCGUCCUCAGGGAGACACAGUUUCGAAUGGCAUAGUGCAUUUUAAGAAUAGUAUCGUGUUCUCAUUCCCAGGGUUUUCGGACCCGUGAUUAUCUCUGUAAUUAUACGCUUCAGACCGCAAAGUUUUGUAACGAACUUUUUCACUUGAAAAUUAAAAACUAAGUUUUUGGCGGAAUUGAUAACAUUUUUUCAUGUGAAAGUGAUAACAAUGUACUGAAAAGACAAUUGGAACGGAAUCUAUAAACUGUGCGUGAUUCCUGUAGAGAAGUGGUUAGAAGCGAUGGCGACUAUCGGUGUAUUGACAUACACUCUGCCGCCUGGUUUGAAGUUGAAAAACGGUUUCGAAAAGCUCCCAAUUAGCAGUAGUAACCUCCUCGGAUUGAAUAAUCAAAACAGUAUCGUUACAAAAAUCGAGAAUAUUGGCAUGAUCGGUGGUGAAGUAGUUGUCGUGCGGAAAAAGCAAAUGCCCCUAACGGAAUCGAAUAUUGGCAACAUUCAGCACGUCCAGGCUCAAAAUCAACUCCAAGAGCCUCCCACCAAGCGAUUGAAACUCUCAACAGGCGAAACUCCCAUCAUUGCCGGGAAAAAGUCCUCUCCUCAACCCCAGGCGGUGGCUCGCAGGAAUGCACGCGAACGGAGACGAGUCAAGCAGGUGAAUGAUGGAUUUACGGCGCUGAGGCAACACAUCCCCGAAGAAGUGGCGGUAGCCUUUGAGGCCGCAGGAAAUGGUCGUGGAACCUCCAAAAAGCUAAGUAAAGUAGAGACGUUACGAAUGGCCGUUGAAUAUAUUCGAAGCCUAGAACGACUCCUGGAGAUCGAUAGCAAUGACGCAACUAAUUCCGAUCUGCUAUCAAAUACUGUGAUAAAAACCGAGUCCUGUACGCCGCCUCUUGUCGUUAGCGAUGGUCAAUGCUCGGAAAGUAGCUACGAUCCCUCUGCCGAUGAGUCCGCUACUAUUUACUACGCUGACACACUGCCCGAUAUUACAACGUUGAACGGUCAACAGUAUCUCCGCAUACCCGGAACCAACACCUAUCAGCUAAUUACCGCGGACGUCUUCGAGAACGAGGAAAACAUCCAGCCGCCGAUGGACAUCACCUGCAGUGGAUAUGCGCGUGCCGAGGUCACUGAUCAGCAUACCACGAUCGCCACUGCGUCUACAAUCAUUGCACCUGCCCCAAUAUCAUCGCCGCCAUCGUCGCACGAUUUCAACGAUAGUGGCGUGCCGCCUCAGUCGAUAUCACCUGCCAGCAGUAUCUUAGAUCAUCAUCAGGCGCAGCAACAACAACAUCAACGUCUUCAUGAUCACCUCCUGCCACAAGUGCGCAUUCACAUGCAAGAAGUUGGGGGCGAGCCAUGUGGGGUCCGGAUCAAAUGUGAGGAUCACUCUCUGAAUAUCUAUCAGAGCCACUUAGCGCCAAGCUCGUCACCGAUCACUGAUGUGGAUGCGCAUGGCUACAUAGACCAGCAGUUGUACGAAAGCGGGGGCGGGUUGGUCACGUUUAAGCGAGAAAUUAAGGAGGAGGGUGGUGAUAUGGUCGUCCUUGACACCACCGGAACUGGUCUGUCUGAGGAGAGCAUGAUGGACGCUAUUGACUGGUGGCACGAUCACAACUCCCAAAGUGACGACUCUGCUAUCUUAUCGUGAACGCUGGGGAGAUAGGUUGCGGGAGAUUCAACCCUUCAAAAUGUUCUGUUAGUUAAUUGAAAUUUGUUAGAGAAUAUGAAGCCUUAGUUAAAAAAUUUGUAAAGCAAAAUAAAAACGAUUGGUAAUGAAUAUUUCUUAGCAACGUAGAAGUUAUAGGGAUAAAUUGUGUAAGACCUUGUUAGGUUUAGUGCAACCUAUUGAUUCUUGCACGCUAGCCUAGCCUAUCUGUACAUACAUGUAAGGAUGACGUAAAUAAUGCAAAGUAGCAGAAAAAUGCUGGUGAAUACGCUUAAGAUUAGGAAUAAGACUUAGCAGCAUCAAAUUGGA